CUUCAGGAAACGAAAGCGUCCGAAACAAACCGUCCUGUUGUCAUCGUCAGUGAGCGUAUUUCAUCUAUCCAUCUACAGCCCAUUUUCUAUGCAGUGACUCAUUCAGUACAAGCCAUGACAUCUAAAGGUGCCAAAGAGACCAUUGUGUCCAAGUUGGGCUUCAAAUCAAGCAGUUCUUCCUCCAAAGUUGAGGCAGAGUUGGAUCGUGUGAAAAAGGAAAAUGCUCAUCUCAAAAAAAAGAUUGAAGACCUCGCCAAACGACACAUCCGACCACCUGACUCUGAUAAAAGCAAGUUGCUCGAGAGGAUCCUUUCUCUGGAGACACUACGGGAGAGAAAUAACCAGCAGUUGUUGGUCAAAGAGCAGGAACUUGAAACUUUGAGACAGCAGCUGACAGCUCGAGGAGGAGAGGUGGUGGCUUCACUGCAAGCCCAGCUGGAGCAGAGGAGGAGGGAGGCUGAGCAGAGAGAUGCCUUGUUCCAGAGCGUAUCACAAGAGACAGAGAACCUCAAAAACAAACUGGCCUCAGUGUCUGCGCGCUGCCAGUCCCUGGAAACACAGCUGGCAAAUGGACAACAAGCACCUCCUCCAGAAGUGGCAUUGGUGCAAGAUCAGCUGAAAGAUGCCCUUGAGAAAAACCAGCAGUGGUUGAUGUACGACCAGCAGCGAGAGGCCUAUGUGCAGUCCGUGCUGGCCCACACUCGAGAGCUGGAGCAGCAGCUGGCUCAGGCCAAACAGCAACAAGCUACGCCAGAACCAGCCUCAGAGGGUACAAGACUGUUCUCAAGAACCAGGUACAAACUGUUCGGGGAAUGUUUCGGAUCUAGGACAACAACUGAAAGAGUGUUCCGGGAAUGUACAUUACAAGCUGGUCAAGCAAAGGACGAUGAUCAGAAAAAGCACUUGGAGCAGAUGCUGGCGGUGGCGCAGAAAGAUUUAGAGACACAGAAAAAUGAGCUGUCCCGGACUCAACUUGAACUGCAACUUCAGAAGGAACAGAAUUCAAAGGCCCAGGCUGAAGUGGAGUCUCAAAAGCUGCAGGUUUCCCGGCUCCAAAGCCAGAUCGCAGCUUUGCAGAGCAGCUACGAGAUCAAAUGUACCGAGAUGUCAUCGCUUCAACGAAAGUACGAAGUCAAGAGCAGAGAGCUGGGGGAGGCCAGAGAGGAGCUGCAGGGGGAGAGGCUCAGAAAUAGAUAUACAGUGAAUGAGGAAAGAAAAGUGUCCUCCGAGAUGACAGACCGAAUGAGGAUUGAGCUGGAGACGACGGACAUGAGGCUUGAGGAAGAGAGAAAGAGAUCGGCUGAGCUUCUGUUACAGGUCAACAUGUUGCAGAAAUCUCUCUUGAGCCAAAAAGAAGAGCAAAUGAGAAUUGCUACUUUGGAACAGCAGAUCCAACUGUCUGCCAAAGAGUUUGAGAAUGAGAAGAUUGAUCGGCAGAGCAUGCAGCACCAGUUACAGAAGGUGCUGAAGGAGCUGCGGAAGGCUCGUGACCAGAUUGCUAAACUGGAAUCUGCUAAAACAUGCAACGCCCGCUUCUCUGAGCCAUCCUCUUAUAACCGCUUUGAGUUUGAGCGCCUCACCAUUGACGACCCCAUAGGACCCACUUCUCCGUCUAAAGUCCCCUGCCUGCUGGACGAGAGCUUUCUGGAGUGUCCCAAAUGCCACGCCCCCUACCCCACCAGCCGCCAUCGCGAGCUGCUUGCUCACAUUGACUACUGCAUGGCCUGAAGCAGUAAAAUGGGAUCUGGUUCAACACUGGUAGAGAUGAAACCGAAAUAUCCUAAUUUGUGAUUUGGUGUUCCUCUCUGACCCAUUCAAGUUUAAACUUAGUGUAUUUCUAAUUAUGUGAUAUUGGUAAUUUGGUAAUAUCUAAAUUGGAUUGAAGAUUUAAAAUUAUAUUGGAAAAGCAACAUAAUUUUUCCAUGUUUUAAAAGCUCUUGGUAAAACUUUUAUCCUUAUGUAUUUAUUUUUGGUGAAAACUGCUGUUUUUUUUUUUAUUUUGUUUUUGAAUCAUGUUUUGGUUAAUGGCUUUACAUUUUUGUAUCUUUAUUGUUUUGUAUCUAUAUUUGUUUACUUUUAGCUAUCAAAGUGAAACAUCACUCCACAUUUUAAUGCAAAAGUCAUCACUGAUCAAUCAUUAUUUAUUCAAGAAGGGAAUAUUACACAAACUUAUAUCUAAAUCAUGAACAAACUAUAUUGGACUUCUUUUGUUAGUACAUUGUAUUUAUAUUGCUUUAGUUUGUGUUACAAUCUCACAUGCAUUGCCACCUUGACUUUUCAAGCUUGCUGCCCGCCCGCUAAAGCUGGAAUGAGAUUGCAUUGUGUUAAUUCCUCGUACUAAACUAUUUAAAGGAGGGAUUAGUAAAGGUCUUGGCGAAGGAGAAAGGAGGCUAAGGUACCUGUAUGCAGUCUACAAGGCGAAUAGAAGGCAAAUGAAGUACCUUUUGUUUUUCUAAAUUACAUUUUUACAUUGUUAUAUAGAUUAUGUUGUGUAAUGUUGUAAUGUUCUCCAAAAAUUUAUUACUGUACUGUAUAAAAGGUGCAAUAAAGAUCCGAAUGUCUCUCCAA